UUCGCUUGCUGUCUGUGUAUGUGUGUAUCUGUCCGUGUCCGGGGGGGGGCAUCGGGUUCUCGUUUUCAUUCUGUCUGCUGGAUUUAUUUUGGGGUCUACAGAAACCACUGCUAGCCGUACAAAAACCGAGAAGUUGAGGAAACCGGACCCCACUUGCACCUGAGCACUCUGCUCUUACAUUUUUCUUGCCUGCUUUUUUUAACAUGUACGAAAUGGGUCCUGGGUAGAAUUUUCUAGAAAGACCGGAGUGUGGAGUUUCCUGUCUUUCCGGACAGUGGCGAACUGCGGCCCGCUCCCGGCUUGCUGAGCCUCGGGCUGAAGUUGCCGGGUGCACCGAAUCAGUGGCCGAAGGGAAGGACACAUUCCCAAACGUAUCUUGCCUUAAACUCUGCCCUUUAACUUAGUUUUGGGAGGGUCCUGUCCUGUAAAGUCGCCAAGAUAGCUGGACCAGGCAGAAAGCGCCACGCCCCAGAACCAGACCCCAGCAGCGACACCGCCGCCGGACAGCCGGUGAGUAGCAAGUGGCUGAAGAUGGCCAGUAGUUCCGAGGUGUCGGGCCGACGGAGAGCCCCGCGCGGGACUGAGGACAGUGCCAGCAAGAAGAAGCAGAAGGACAAGGCUAACCAGGAGAGCAAGGAGGCCAAGCGCACUGCCAGUGAUGAGGCAAAGAAAGACAUGUUCUUUGACUGGAAGCAGAAUGCCAACGAGGUGAUUGUGAAGCUGCGCUCGGGUGACGGGAUCACAAAGGUGGAGGAUGUCAGCGCAGACUUCUCAGACACCGCCUGUCAGGUUAAUUUCCCAGAUGGGCGUCAGUGGAGCUGCCACCUGCAUGCAGAGAUCGAGAGUUCCUGCAGCAAGGUACAGUACAAGGAGAAGGGCAGUUACCUGCAGCUGGUCAUGCAGAAGAAGAUCCCCUUUAACUCUUGGCCUUCACUCAUGCGAAACAAAAAGGACAACGAGCCCAUGAAAAUCAAGUCGGGCAACAGUAAAGACCAGGAGUUGAGGAAGCCCAUGCCAGUGGAGGAGGUCGCCCAGUUGGACAAAGGCCCUGGGCAGCCAUCUGCGGUACCCGAGCCCAAAAGAGGCAAGUUGGACCGCAACCUGAAGCGCGCCAAGAACAAGCCAUCUGAGAAGACCGAACCUGGGAUGAAGGGCGCUGGGUUGACCGCCUCCCUGGGCAAGGUGGAAGUCCCCAUUGAACCCAGUGCCAAGCGGACAAGCCGGGCCACCAGAACCUCCAAAGACACUGGGCUUGGUCUCCCUAGAGAGGCUGCGACAAAGACCUUGGCCGGUACCAGUCCCGACAUCCUGCCAAACCCAGGCACUUCUAAGGGCCAUGACCGGCAGCCAAGUAAGCCAAGCGGAGGCCAGAGAGGUCCAUCUCCACAGGUGGUAGCACUGGAGGACCGAAAGCCAGGCAGCAAAACUCAGGUGGUGGUUGUGGAGGAGCCAGGCAGACAGGUUCCCCUGACACAGGCUAGCCCCAGGGUCCCAGAUCAUAAAGAAACGGAAGCGAACCUUCCACCCUCUGUGGAGAACGGCCACCAGAAGGAGCCCUCUCAAGGGAUGCUGAAGCCAAGCACACAUGGGGAGCGGCCCCCAGACCCUGUACCUACAGAGGUGGAGAUGACUUCAUCAUCCGACGGUCUUGAGGAGGGGAAGCCCGUGGCAGCACAGCCUGAGGUGACCACCUACAUGGAGGACAAGGAUUCCUGCCGGACAGACAUGGAGGAGAAGACGGACGUAUCCAAAGAAGAAUCCCUGGACAGGGAGCAAAAUUUUGCUCCAGAACCCAUGGUGAACUUGACAUUCGUGAAGAGUGAUUCCUACGAGAAGGGGAACGACCUCAUGGUAGUGAAUGUGUACUUGAAGGCCAUUUGCAGAGAGACGGCCAAGGUGCUAUUCCGAGAGCAGGACUUCACGCUCAUCUUCCAGACCAGUGAUCCAAACUUUUUGCGCCUUCACUCGGACUGUGGACCAAACACUGUCUUUAAGUGGCAGGUGAAACUCAGGAACCUCAUCGACCCUGACCAGUCUACCUAUGCCUUCACGCCGUUGCGCAUCGACAUCACGCUAAAGAAGAGGCACAGUCAGCGCUGGGGGGGCCUAGAGGCCCCAGCCCCACAAGGUGCAGUGGGUGGCGCCAAGGUCGCUGUGCCCUCUGCGCCCGCUUCUCUCGAUAAGAGCCAGCCUGGGGGCAGCCAGCACCCCCUCCCCGCCAAGGAAGAGCCCCGGGCCGUGGAGAAUGACAAGCCCGUCCGUACCGAAGAUGGGGGACUGGACGCCGUGACCACUCGCACGGUCGUCGAGCAUGUCCCCAUCAAGCAGGAGCCCCUAGUGGCCACGCCAAAACCGAUGUGCAUGGUGCCGCCCAUGACGCACGCGCCGCCCAUGAACAGCGAGCGCGCGGAGGAGGAGGAGGAGAAGAAGGUGUGCCUGCCGGGAUUCACAGGGCUGGUUAACCUCGGCAACACGUGCUUCAUGAACAGCGUCAUCCAGUCGCUGUCCAACACACGGGAGCUGCGGGACUACUUCCACGAUCGCGCCUUCGAAGCCGAGAUCAACUGCAGUAACCCGCUGGGUACAGGUGGCCGUCUGGCCAUCGGCUUCGCCGUGCUCCUGCGAGCCCUCUGGAAGGGCACCCAUCAUGCCUUCCAGCCUUCCAAGCUCAAGGCCAUCGUGGCCAGCAAGGCCAGUCAGUUCACUGGGUACGCCCAGCAUGACGCUCAGGAGUUCAUGGCGUUCCUGCUGGACGGGCUUCAUGAGGACCUGAACCGCAUCCAGAACAAGCCUUACACCGAGACCGUGGACUCAGACGGGCGGCAGGACGAGGUUGUGGCUGAGGAGGCCUGGCAGAGGCACAAGCUGAGGAAUGACUCCUUCAUUGUGGACCUUUUCCAAGGCCAGUACAAGUCCAAGCUGGUCUGUCCCAUCUGCUCCAAGGUGUCCAUAACAUUUGACCCCUUCCUGUACCUGCCAGUCCCUCUACCUCAAAAGCAGAAAAUCCUGACAGUCUUUUACUUUGCCAAGGAACCUCACAAGACACCCAUCAAGUUCUUGGUAAGUGUCAGCAAAGAGAAUUCCAGCACAGCGGAGGUGUUGGAGUCCAUAUCCAGAAGCGUUCGGGUCAAGCAGGAGAAUCUGCGCUUGGCAGAGGUCUGCAAGAAUCGUUUCAGUCGGAUCUUCCACCCGUCCUUCUCCCUGGAUACGGUCUCUCCCUCGGACAUGCUCCUGUGCUUUGAGGUGCUUUCGAAAGAGCUGGUCAAGGAGCGGGUCCUUAUCCUGCGGGUACAGCAGAGACCGCAGGUCCCUAGCCUCCCCAUCAGCAAGUGUGCCGCCUGCCAGAAGCCCCCACAGGGCGAGGAUGAGAAGCUGCGACGUUGCACGCGAUGCUACCGCGUGGGCUACUGCAACCAAAUAUGUCAGAAGAAUCACUGGCCUGUGCAUAAGACCCUCUGUCGCCCAAAUGUGGAGAACGUGGGCCUCCCCUUCCUAGUCAGCAUCCCUGAGUCCCGGCUGACCUACUCUCGUCUCAGCCAGCUCCUGCAGGGCUACUCCAGGUACUCCGUAGAUGUGUUCCAGCCUCCAUACCAGUCUGGCCGAGUGUCCCCAGAGGCUGGCCAGUACUGCGUGGAUCUGCCCUCUGUGGCAUCAGAGGUCUCGGAUGGUGUGGCUCAGGAGGCGGACACUGGGUCUAGCAGCACCAGGGACUCGGAGGAGCUGGAGAGCCCUGGCCUGACUUCUAGCACAGCCGCUGAGGCACAGCAGGCUGCAGGAAAUCUGCACUCUUCCUCCACCUUUUAUUCUCAUACUGUGGACUCGGGUUUCUCAGAGAGCCUGCUGGACUCCCACGGUUCCCUGGCAGAGAAGGAGACGUCAUGCGAGAAGGCUCUUAAACCAGAAGCUGUGGUGACAGGAUACCAGCAGCCCAGCCCUGAGUCGACAUCUGGUCCCACCUCCCAGUUCUACAUCUCCCUUCUGGACGCCUCCAACAAGGAGCACAAGCUGGAGGACAGGGGUGAUGGGGUCCUAGAUCUUUUAGAGGACUCCACCCUGGAGCUGGUUUGGAAGAACAACGAGCGGCUGAAGGAAUACGUGCUGGUGAAGUCUAAGGAGCUGGAGUACGUGGAGGACGCUGGGUCCGCUAGCGAGACUGCGCGGGCAGGCCAUUUCACCCUGGAGCAGUGCCUGAACCUCUUCACCAGACCGGAGGUGCUCGCCCCGGAGGAGGCAUGGUACUGUCCCAAGUGUCAGCAGCACAGGGAGGCCUCCAAGCAGCUGAUGCUGUGGCGCCUACCCAAUGUGCUCAUCAUCCAGCUCAAGCGCUUCUCCUUCCGCAGCUUCAUCUGGAGGGACAAAAUCAAUGACAUGGUGGAUUUCCCCGUCAGGAACUUGGACCUCAGCAAAUUCUGCAUCGGGCAGAAGGAUGACAGGCAACACCCACCCAUCUAUGACCUGUAUGCUGUCAUCAAUCAUUACGGGGGCAUGAUUGGGGGGCAUUAUACCGCCUACGCCCGGCUACCCAGCGACAAGAACAGCCAGCGCAGUGACGUGGGUUGGCGGCUCUUCGAUGACAGCACUGUGACCACGGUGGAGGAGAGCCAGGUGGUGACACGCUACGCUUAUGUGCUCUUCUACCGCCGGCGCAACUCUCCUGUGGAGCGGCCCGCGCGCCUGGCCAGCCCCCGGGGGGCGGAGUUGCCCAUAGCCGCGGGAGCAGCAGCCAGCCAGGCCUCUCUAAUAUGGCAGGAACUGGAAGAGGACGCAGAAGGAGAAGAGGUGGCGUGGCCAAGCUUGUCGCGUCACAGGCUCCGUAGAAGAAGGCUGGAGGGACAGCGGCAGCACCAGGAGCGCCUCUCAGAUUUCUCCGACGACGACUGCGUCAGAUAUUUUGUCCUGGGCACACUGGCUGCCCUGCUGGCCGCAGUCCUGAACGUGAUUUACCCUUUGGUAGUCAGGGGCAGCUGGGGCCUGUGACACUCACCUCUCCCCUUUCUCUUAGCUGGGGCUUUGCUCGUGUAGUGUGCCGCCCCUUUAAUUGCCUUCAAAGUAUCCUGCUCUGUUUGGAAGUACCCAGCCCGGAUAGUGGCAAUACAUCUAUGGCUGCUUCAUCACGCCAUGUCCAGGAUUGGAAAGUUCUGUUGUCUCUCUCUGACACAUUUUACCAUUCAGGAAAUAUGCAAUACAUUUUCGAAGAUUGAUGAGCUGCUCCCUGUGAAUGGUCUGUAAAUUCUAUAGCUUGAGCACCACUGCUCAGUCAGUAGAUACUUCUUCACACAGUGAGUGUACUGAGUGGUAUCGCUGUUUGUUACUUUCUUGUCAUAGGCCAGUAGCUGCCGGAUUGCUUUGGCCUUCUGUUGAUUUAGGAUUACCCAUGUUGUGUUUUUCUGAACGGGGAGCCCUUCAUCUGAAGUAGUAUUUCCUAAUCUGGUCCUCGGGGACCCACAGACUGUCCACAUUUUUGCUCCCUACCAGUUCCCAGUAGGGAGCAAAAAUGUGGACUGUCUGGCAGGGAGCUCGGAGGGAGCAAAAACAUGGACCAAUUGUGGGUCCCUGAGGAUCAGGUUGGGAAAGACUGAUCUAAAGAAGUACUUGUCACAUACUUAACACAAUUAACACAACCUCAAUCUGAGACCUUAAUGGGGAACCACAGGUGUGUGCGUGCAUGUGUAUAAACAUGUGGGUGUCUAUACACAUGUAGCUGCUCCAGUCCAUUCACAGUAAUAUCUGUGUCUGCAAGGUACUUAUUACAUGUCGCUGCGGUUGACUUGUGAAAUUCCCCUUACAUAUUGUCCAGGCUAACAACCCCCAGGGCCAAAUCAUCUCUCUUUAUUUAUUUGUUUGUUUUUUAAUUAGUUCAAUAUAAAAAUGCAUAGGCAUUUUAAUCAUGUUAAGAUCACUAAACGUAUAAUUUAAUGGUCACUUUUUUUGCUUCUUUGGUUUUAUAGAGGAUGUCAAAUUGAAGCGAAUGUGUAACUGAAUGGCAGCUAAGAGUAUGUGAUUUACCCCCAGGGUAAAGAUGUUGUCGGCACCUUUUGUUGUGUCAGGUUCUCUGAUAAGAGCAUGUUUGACCUGCAGUAGUAACUGUUGCUGCUGUUUUUUUCCUCCAUUCGCCACCUUAAUCUACUGUAGGCUCUUUGGCAAGAAAAAAAAAAGCUAGAUAAAUAUGUAUGUGGUCCAUCUGUAUUGGAACACUGUAUGAAUACGUAUAAGCUAUGUACAGGUGCCGUGGCAUGGAGAGAUGGUUUGGACGCUAGACCCAGCCAGGUAUUCUGCUGGUUCUCCCUGCACUUUGGUAGAUGAAGAGGGUACCUGCAGAAAGUAAACACAGAGAGAAUCUGUACUGAAAGUUCAGUUCAUCCAAAGCCAAUGGCACCGAUCCCCACCCAGCUCUACACCUCACACUAUAGGUAUGACUGUGAGUGAACAGUUAGGUAGAGCUAGAACUAGAGUCCCUAUAAGAUAGACUAAAGUGUGUUUUUCAUCUAGACUUGAUUAUUAAAAGUGAGCCUGAAUCUCACACAUCGGAUGCAAGACUGUUCCACAGCUGUGGAGCUCUAUAAGUGAGAAAGCUUUCCUGCUCCUUGAGAUUGAAGCGAGGAGGGUUGUAGAUCUUUAAGGUGUUCUGGUGCAAGGCCAUUCAGUGCUUUAUAAGUUAAUAGCAGUAUUUUGUAGUCAAUCCUAGACUUAACUGGAAGCCGGUAAAAGGAACAUAGAACAGGGCUAAUAUGAUCACAUUUUUUGUGAUUAUAUGAACUCUAGCUGCUGCAUUUUGUACUAACUGAAGUUUAUGUAAGGAUCUGGAUGGGCAACCAGAAAGGAGGGCAUUACAUUAGUGUAGUCUGAAAGCUAUAAAGGCACAUUUAGUUUUUUUUUGCAUCAUGAAAGGAGAGUAUCUUCUGAAGUUUGGCUAUGUUCCAUAGAUGGUAGAACACAGUUCUAGUAAUACUUCAUAUGUGAGCAACGAAACAUAAAUCUAAAUCAACCAGAACACCAAGAUCUCUGAUCACUGUGUUAAGUUGGGUAGGAAGACCACUGAGGUUGAAGUUGUCAAACAUAUUUCGAGCAGCCUUUGAGACCAGCUAACGAUACUUCUGUUUUUUCUGUCUUUAACAUAAGGACCUUUUUUGCCAUCCAGCACUGGAUAUCUAGGAGACAGUCUUCUAACUCAGAGAGCUGUCAUGCAUCAUCUGGCUUAAUAGAUAUAUAUAUAUAUAUCUGUGUAUAAUCAGCAUAAAAUUGAGACCUAACACCAUGAUUUCGAAUGUUAACAAGAGGUAGCAUAUGUAAGUGAACAGUAGCGGGCCCAGCACUGAUCCCUGUGGGACACAAUAUUUGACUUCAGUCGCCUGGGAAGAUUAAUUGUUCACGUGGACAAACUGAUAAUGAUCAGUUAAAUAUGAGUGAAACCAAGAGAGAGCUGUCCCCUAAAUGCCAGCCACAGAUUCUAGCUGGUCAAAGAGGAUAUUAUGGGUCACAGUAUCGAAUGCUGCAGUUAAGUCUAGUAAUACCAAUAGAUAUACAGCCAUGGUCAGAAGCCAUAAGCAAAUCAUUCACUACUUUGAUUAAAGCUGUUUUUGUGCUAUGGUUUGGUCUAAAGCCAGACUGAUAUAAUUCACUAGCAGUAUUUUUCUGUUGGGGAAAAAAGACAGCUGAUGAACAACAACUUUUUCCAGGAUCUUUGAAAUGAACGGAAGAUAUGAGAUGCAUCUAUAAUUUCCUAAAUCACUAGGUUCAAGAAUUGAUUACUUUCAGAGCAGGUCUAAUAGCUGCUAUUUUAAAAGGUUUUGGAACAUAUGAGAUGAGUUUAGUAGGUUUAACAGGGUAGUGCUAAUCGGUGCAAUCUCCUUGAGGAUUUUUUUUUUUUUUUUUUUUUUUUUUAGGGUUAAGGUUCCAGCCCUGGUGGUACUUUGAGCUGGACAUGUAUGCUUGUGUUCUGAAUGUUCUGCUGACAUGCGGUAAAGAGGCUGUAAUGCGAAGCUGCCGUCGCCCUGCUCCCAUCCCCGCUUUAGUGCACUAGGACUGAAAUGGUUUAAUCUCUCUUCCUGCUGUUCAGCAGCAGUUUCAUCCAGUUUAAUAUAUUAAACACUACUAAGGGCUUCAUAAUCAGAUCAGUGCCCUGACUGAAUUGCCUUACAUGCUGACUUGAAUCUCGUCCUGUAACUCCUGCUUAAAAAUAAAACCCCAGAGUGAGAUCACCAUGGUUUAUUAAAUAUUUUCGGUAAUAAGUCUUAUUUUUCAAAUGUAUCUAUGCCCUGAUUAAAUUCAUAGUUAUGAAUGUUGACUUCUAUUAUGGGAAAAAAAAUCUUGGUGUAAUUUUAAGUUAACUUUAUUUUAUUGCAGUUGUGGAAAUAUAGGCUUGUGUAUAUAUAAAACAUUUUAAGCUGUUAUUCAAAAAAAUAAACCAAUGUAUUUCAUUCUGACGUUUAGAAUUGAAUGUUAUUAAAUUAUUUUAAAUUGUCCUCUGAGCAAUAAUUUGUACGGGUUCUUCCUAGAAACUUGGUUGCUACCCCAAAAAGGGUUGCCUGUAUUACAUAAAAAAAAUAAAAUGUCAAGUAUA